AUGGCGGAUAUUGAAGGAGACAUUCUUUCAAGAUUACCAGUUAAAUCUUUGAUGAGGUUCAACCGCGACACUAAUGAAUUCUUCUCUUCAUCUAUUUCUGACUCUGAUGUUAUUCUACCUCCUGUUAUUCUUCACAAGCCUUUUUUAUCUAAUACCUUUUAUACCUAUAUUGUGGGUUCAUGUCAUGGUCUUGUCUGCGUCGGUUCUUCUCCUUCCUGUUAUUUAUGGAACCCAGCUACUAAGGAAUAUAUGUAUAUUGCUCUUCCGAUUAAAGAUCAUCUAUCAACCAGAUUCUAUUAUUUUGGAUUUAGUUUUGUUGCAGAGCUUAAUGAUUAUGUGAUUGUAGGAAUUAUUUGUAGGAGCUAUGACAAAGUUAUUGUGUAUAAAAGAAGUAGUAAUUCUUGGGUAACAAAAACAACCUCUAAGUUGCAAUAUGAUAGCAUAGACAUGACGUCUAAUACUAUGGUUAAGGGAUCCUUCAAUUGGAUAGCAUGUAAAAAAAGAAUUGGGCAACUGAUAUUGUCUUAUAAUGCUCGAAAUGAGGACUUAGAGGAGAUAGAAUUUCCUGAUUCUCUUUGGCGAAUAAAGCAUAUUACAAAGUUGAAUGAUUCACUUGCUGUAAUUGCUUAUCGUUGGAAUGAUUUGCAUUUGCACUAUGACUAUGCGAUUUGGGUUAUGAAUGAAUACGGUGUAAAAGAGUCAUGGACUAAAAAAUUUAUUAUUGUAGGGAUUUUUGGAUUUAAGAGGGUGUUCGGAUAUCAGGAGAAUGUUGAAGGAGAGUUUAUUCUCCUAACUCAAAGCAACAAUAAUCCACCAGAGCUUAUCAAGUAUAACCCCAGGAAUCAAGAAAUCAGAACUUCCAGUACUGUUGCGAGUUCCAAUUGGAUUGGGACAACUCAUGUUUAUGUAGAGAGCUUAGUUCCAGUUUGA